GCUGUCAUUUAUUUCCUCCUUUGGUGUGUUACCUGAGGUGGAUGUAUUACCAGGUGCUCGUCAUCGCGGUCUUUGCCGCUUUUCUAUGCGGUUUUCCAGCAUCAUGCGCUCGUAGUUUAAAUGACAGACCAAUCAUCGGAAUUUUAGCCCAGGAAAACUUAGAAGACGACCCUCAUGCACAGGGCACUUCUUAUAUUGCUGCAUCAUAUGUGAAACACUUGGAGUCAGCUGGUGCCAGGGUUGUACCAAUUCACAUAAAUCGCACAGAGGAGGAGUAUGAAAAACUGUUCAAUGCAAUUAAUGGUUUGCUGCUUCCUGGUGGGGAUGUGGACAUUGUCAAGUCUCAGUUUACCAGAGUGGCAAAGAUUUUCUAUGAACUUGCAGUAAAGGCUAAUGAUGUUUCGGAUUAUUUUCCGAUCUGGGGCACUUGCCAGGGCUUCCAGCAGCUCACGGUUCUGACUAGCAACAAGAACUUAUUGACCUUGACUGACACCAAAGCAGUCGCCCUGCCACUGACCUUCAGCCCAGGAGCUCAAAAAAGCAGGCUGUUUAAGAAGUUUCCAAAGGAUGUUCUUCAGUCUUUGUCAGAAGAGAACAUCACGUCUAAUUUCCACAGCUGGAGCUUGUCCAUGCAGAAUUACAGUAGCAAUGCCAAGCUUAAGCAUUUUUAUCGAGUCCUGACAACAAACACAGAUGGCAAGAAGGAGUUCAUUUCCACCAUGGAGGCAUAUCAAUAUCCCUUCUAUGCUGUUCAAUGGCAUCCAGAGAAAAGCCCAUUUGAGUGGAUUGAGAAAGAUGGUAUGGUGCACACACUCUCAGCCAUCAAAGCCGCGUUCUACACUGCCCACUUCUUCGUUUCUGAAGCAAUGAAAAACCAUCAUCGGUUUUCUUCGCAAAGUGAAGAAGAAAAAUAUCUGAUUUACAACUAUCAGCCUGUCUUCAAAGGCACGAACAGCAUCUUUCUUCAAAAUUACUACUUCGAUUGAGUGUUCACACUGUUCAUCGUGGCAGAAUUAUUUUUUAUUUCAUUUUUUUAAACUAUUGUUUUUAUUUCUUUUGCUCAAAGUUUGCCCAAACUUGAUGUUUGGAAUGCAUAAUUGUAACAUUCAUAAUUCUGACUCACUUACGUAGCUCUCGAUUGUAGAUAUGAAGUGUUUUAGAAUCACCGUGACAGAAUGUAUUGUUACAGUUAUAUCCAUUUCAGAAGUCAUAUUAUAUAAUAUGUAUCUUCUUGUGCCAUUGUUCAGCAGUUAAA